CUGUUGAGGUUGGGAGAGGAACUGCCUAUGCAGCUCAUACGUGUGUACCCGUGAGUGAGUGUGCAUGUGCCCGUGUGGAUGGGUGCGUGUGCCCGGGAGUCUGUCACUCCUAGGGCAGGGAGGUCCGGAACCCAGGCGGUUGCCGGCUGAGCCCAGAGCACACCCAGCGAGGGAAGUGUGGCCGAGGCUCCCACCUGAAGAUCGGCCCAGUCCUCAGGUUUCACUCAUGACCCUGUGACAUCAGCGGUAGCAGCUGUCCUCGCCGGCCCGGCCCCCCAGCCAAGUCCCCCAGAGUUCCAGCCCCAGCCCGAGGUGGGCACAGCGCUCUGGGCUUGUCAGCAACCACUCUGCUCCUGUCCAAUAGUCAGGGAUGGCACACAGGCAGAGGCGCCCCUGGCAGACAUCACUAAUCAAUCACAGCAACCUUUUUGCACAGAGCCUGGCUGCCCCUUCAUGGUCUCUACCUGCAUCUUCAGGCUAAAGUCACACAGUUCCAGGAGCUCGGGCCCAGAAGGCAGUCGAAGGCACUGGGGCAUUGGCCCCACAUCCCAAGGCCACAGAGAAUCUGGUUGGUUUGCCGUCAGUCCUGGGGGUGGCCCCCGCCACUGCUAGGGAGAGCGUGGUGUGGGGCCAGGGGUGAUGCUCUGUGCCCAGCACCUGUGCAGCAGUAGCACCUGGGCCUUGCAGGCACAUCUCCCAGUCCCAACAGAGCCUGCACGCCCACCUCCCCAGCUCGGCUGCUGGGCAGGCAGGAGGUGAGGAACGGCCGGCCGGCCCAGGGAGGGGCAACUGCCCAGCACCCCGGGGCUGCCCACUGCAGCUGUCCCGGCUACCCAUCCUGGUCUCUGAGCCCAGGAUGCGAGGAUGGCCAGACCGUCUCUUGCCACCGUGGUGCCUCUGGGCCCUGAGUGCCUGCGCCCCUUUACCCGGGAGUCCCUGGCAGCCAUAGAACAGCGGGUGGUGGAGGAGGAGGCCCGGCUGCAGCGGAACAAGCAGAUGGAGAUUGAGGAGCCCGAACGGAAGCCUCGAAGUGACUUGGAGGCUGGCAAGAACCUGCCCAUGAUCUAUGGAGACCCCCCGCCAGAGGCCAUCGGCAUCCCCCUGGAGGACCUGGAUCCCUACUACUGCGACAAGAAGACCUUCAUCGUUCUCAACAAGGGCAAGGCCAUCUUCCGCUUCUCCGCCACACCCGCUCUCUACAUGCUGAGCCCCUUCAGCAUGGUCAGGCGAGGGGCCAUCAAGGUGCUCAUCCACGCGCUGUUCAGCAUGUUCAUCAUGAUCACCAUCUUGACCAACUGUGUGUUCAUGACCAUGAGUAACCCGCCUCCCUGGUCCAAGAAUGUGGAGUACACCUUCACAGGGAUCUAUACCUUUGAGUCCCUCAUCAAGAUACUGGCCCGGGGCUUCUGUGUCGAUGACUUCACAUUCCUCCGGGACCCCUGGAAUUGGCUGGACUUCAGCGUCAUCAUGAUGGCGUACCUGACAGAGUUUGUGGACUUGGGCAACAUCUCAGCCCUGAGGACCUUCCGGGUGCUGCGGGCCCUCAAAACCAUCACAGUCAUCCCAGGGCUGAAGACGAUUGUGGGGGCCCUGAUCCAGUCUGUGAAAAAGCUGUCAGAUGUGAUGAUCCUCACUGUCUUCUGCCUGAGCGUCUUUGCGCUGGUGGGGUUGCAGCUCUUCAUGGGAAACCUGAGGCACAAGUGUGUGCGCUGGCCCCCGCCGUUCAACGACACCAACACCACAUGGUACAGCAAUGACUCGUGGUACGGUAACGACACGUGGUAUGGUGAUGCAAUGUGGCACACCAAUGACUCAUGGUAUGCCAACGACACGUGGAACAGCCAUGCAAGCUGGGCCACCAAUGAUACCUUUGAUUGGGAUGCCUACAUCAAUGACGAAGGGAACUUCUACUUCCUGGAGGGAUCCAACGAUGCCUUGCUCUGUGGGAACAGCAGUGAUGCUGGGCACUGCCCCGAGGGUUAUGAGUGCAUCAAGGCCGGGCGGAACCCCAACUAUGGCUACACCAGCUACGACACCUUCAGCUGGGCCUUCCUGGCUCUCUUCCGCCUCAUGACACAGGACUAUUGGGAGAACCUCUUCCAGCUGACCCUUCGAGCAGCUGGCAAAACCUACAUGAUCUUCUUCGUGGUCAUCAUCUUCCUGGGUUCUUUCUACCUCAUCAAUCUGAUCCUGGCCGUGGUGGCCAUGGCGUAUGCUGAGCAGAACGAGGCCACCCUGGCUGAGGAUAAGGAGAAAGAGGAGGAGUUUCAGCAGAUGCUUGAGAAGUUCAAAAAGCACCAGGAGGAGUUGGAGAAGGCCAAGGCCGCCCAAGCUCUGGAAGGUGGAGAGGCAGAUGGGGACCCAGCCCAUGGCAAAGACUGCAAUGGCAGCCUGGACACAUCGCCAGGGGAGAAGGAAGCCCCGAGGCAGAGUGGCAGCGGAGACAGCGGCAUCUCUGAUGCCAUGGAAGAACUGGAAGAGGCCCACCAGAAGUGCCCGCCAUGGUGGUACAAGUGUGCCCACAAAGUGCUCAUAUGGAACUGCUGCGCCCCGUGGGUGAAGUUCAAGAACAUCAUCCACCUGAUUGUCAUGGAUCCGUUUGUGGACCUGGGCAUCACCAUCUGCAUCGUGCUCAACACCCUCUUCAUGGCCAUGGAGCAUUACCCCAUGACGGAGCACUUUGACAACGUGCUCACCGUGGGCAACCUGGUCUUCACGGGCAUCUUCACAGCAGAGAUGGUUCUGAAGCUGAUCGCCAUGGACCCCUAUGAGUACUUCCAGCAGGGCUGGAACAUCUUCGACAGCAUCAUCGUCACCCUCAGCCUGGUAGAGCUAGGCCUGGCCAACGUACAGGGGCUGUCUGUGCUCCGCUCCUUCCGUCUGCUGCGGGUCUUCAAGCUGGCCAAGUCGUGGCCGACACUGAACAUGCUCAUCAAGAUCAUCGGCAACUCUGUGGGGGCGCUGGGCAACCUGACGCUGGUGCUGGCCAUCAUCGUGUUCAUCUUCGCCGUGGUGGGCAUGCAGCUUUUUGGCAAGAGUUACAAGGAGUGCGUGUGCAAGAUCGCUUCGGACUGCAGCCUGCCGCGCUGGCACAUGCACGAUUUCUUCCACUCUUUCCUCAUCGUCUUCCGCAUCCUGUGCGGGGAAUGGAUCGAGACCAUGUGGGACUGCAUGGAGGUGGCCGGACAAGCCAUGUGCCUCACCGUCUUUCUCAUGGUCAUGGUCAUCGGCAACCUUGUGGUCCUGAACUUGUUCCUGGCUCUGCUGCUGAGCUCCUUCAGUGCUGACAGCCUGGCAGCCUCGGAUGAGGACGGUGAGAUGAACAACCUGCAGAUUGCCAUCGGGCGAAUCAAGUGGGGCAUCAGCUUUGCCAAGGCCUUCCUCCUAGGGCUGCUGCAUGGCAAGAUCCUGAGCGCCAAGGACAUCAUGCUCAGCCUUGGGGAGCCUAUUGGGGCCGGGGAGGCUGGAGAGGCUGGGGAGACUGCCCCUGAGGAUGAGAAGAAGGAGCCGCCUGAGGAAGACCUGAAGAAGGACAAUCACAUCCUGAACCAUGUGGGCCUGGCUGAUGGUCCCCCAUCCAGCAUCGAGCUGGACCACCUCAACUUCAUCAACAACCCCUACCUGACCAUCCAGGUGCCCAUCGCUUCCGAGGAGUCCGACCUGGAGAUGCCCACUGAGGAGGAAACCGACACUUUCUCGGAGCCUGAGGAUGGCAAGAAGCCACCACAGCCCCUCUACGACGGGAACUCCUCCGUCUGCAGCACUGCUGACUACAAGCCCCCUGAGGAGGACCCUGAGGAGCAGGCAGAGGAGAACCCCGAGGAGCAGCCUGAGGAGUGCUUCACCGAGGCCUGCGUGCAGCGCUGGCCCUGCCUCUACGUGGACAUUUCCCAGGGCCGAGGGAAGAAGUGGUGGACUCUUCGCAGGGCCUGCUUCAAGAUUGUCGAGCACAAUUGGUUCGAGACCUUCAUUGUCUUCAUGAUCCUGCUCAGCAGCGGGGCUCUGGCCUUCGAGGACAUCUACAUUGAGCAGCGGCGAGUCAUCCGCACCAUCCUCGAAUAUGCCGACAAAGUCUUCACCUACAUCUUCAUCAUGGAGAUGCUGCUCAAAUGGGUGGCCUAUGGCUUCAAGGUGUACUUCACCAAUGCCUGGUGCUGGCUCGACUUCCUCAUCGUGGACGUCUCCAUCAUCAGCCUGGUGGCCAACUGGCUGGGCUAUUCGGAGCUGGGACCCAUCAAAUCCCUUCGGACACUUCGGGCCCUGCGUCCCCUGAGGGCACUGUCCCGAUUCGAGGGCAUGAGGGUGGUGGUGAAUGCCCUCCUGGGUGCUAUCCCCUCCAUCAUGAACGUGCUGCUCGUCUGCCUCAUCUUCUGGCUGAUCUUCAGUAUCAUGGGUGUCAACCUGUUUGCCGGCAAGUUCUACUACUGCAUCAACACCACUACCUCUGAGAGGUUCGACAUAUCCGAGGUCAACAACAAGUCUGAGUGCGAGAGCCUCAUGCACACGGGCCAGGUCCGCUGGCUCAACGUCAAGGUCAAUUAUGACAACGUGGGUCUGGGCUACCUCUCCCUCUUGCAGGUGGCCACCUUCAAGGGCUGGAUGGACAUCAUGUAUGCAGCUGUGGACUCCCGGGAGAAGGAGGAGCAGCCGCAGUACGAGGUGAACCUCUACAUGUACCUCUACUUUGUCAUCUUCAUCAUCUUCGGCUCCUUCUUCACCCUCAACCUCUUCAUCGGCGUCAUCAUUGACAACUUCAACCAGCAGAAGAAGAAGUUUGGAGGGAAAGACAUCUUUAUGACAGAGGAACAGAAGAAAUACUAUAAUGCCAUGAAGAAGCUCGGCUCCAAGAAGCCUCAGAAGCCAAUUCCCCGGCCCCAGAACAAGAUCCAGGCCAUGGUGUAUGACCUCGUGACGAAGCAGGUCUUCGACAUUACCAUCAUGAUCCUCAUCUGCCUCAACAUGGUCACCAUGAUGGUGGAGACAGAUGACCAGAGCCAGCUUAAGGUGGACAUCCUGUACAACAUCAACAUGAUCUUCAUCAUCAUCUUCACAGGGGAGUGUGUGCUCAAGAUGCUUGCCCUGCGCCAGUACUACUUCACCGUUGGCUGGAACAUCUUUGACUUCGUGGUUGUCAUCUUGUCCAUCGUGGGCCUGGCACUCUCCGACCUGAUCCAGAAAUACUUCGUGUCACCCACGCUGUUCCGCGUGAUCCGCCUGGCGCGGAUCGGGCGCGUCCUGCGGCUGAUCCGCGGGGCCAAGGGCAUCCGGACGCUGCUGUUCGCCCUCAUGAUGUCGCUGCCUGCCCUAUUCAACAUUGGCCUCCUCCUCUUCCUGGUCAUGUUCAUCUACUCCAUCUUCGGCAUGUCCAACUUCGCCUACGUCAAGAAGGAGUCAGGCAUUGAUGACAUGUUCAACUUUGAGACCUUCGGCAAUAGCAUCAUCUGCCUGUUCGAGAUCACCACGUCAGCUGGCUGGGACGGGCUCCUCAACCCCAUCCUCAAUAGCGGGCCUCCGGACUGCGACCCCAGCCUGGAGAACCCAGGCACCAGCAUCAAGGGCGACUGUGGCAACCCCUCCAUCGGUAUCUGCUUCUUCUGCAGUUACAUCAUCAUCUCCUUCCUCAUCGUGGUCAACAUGUACAUUGCCAUCAUCCUGGAAAACUUCAAUGUGGCCACAGAGGAGAGCAGCGAGCCCCUUGGUGAGGACGACUUUGAGAUGUUCUACGAGACGUGGGAGAAGUUCGACCCCGACGCCACCCAGUUCAUUGCCUACAACCGCCUCUCAGACUUUGUGGACACCCUGCAGGAGCCACUGCGGAUCGCCAAGCCCAACAAGAUCAAGCUCAUCACGCUGGACCUGCCCAUGGUGCCGGGGGACAAGAUCCACUGCCUGGACAUCCUCUUCGCCCUGACCAAAGAGGUCCUGGGUGACUCUGGGGAAAUGGAUGCCCUCAAGCAGACCAUGGAGGAGAAGUUCAUGGCAGCCAACCCCUCCAAGGUGUCCUACGAGCCCAUCACCACCACCCUCAAAAGGAAGCACGAGGAGGUGUGUGCCAUCAAGAUCCAGAGGGCCUACCGCCGGCACCUGCUCCAGCGCUCCAUGAAGCAGGCAUCCUACAUGUACCGCCACAGCCACGAUGGCAGCGGGGAUGAUGCCCCUGAGAAGGAGGGGCUGCUCGCCAACACCAUGGGCAAGAUGUAUGGUCACGAGAACAGGAACAGCAGCUCACAGAGCCCAGAGGAGAAGGGCAAGGCAGGGGAUGCCGGACCCGCCAUGGGGCUGAUACCCAUCAGCCCCUCAGACACUGCCCAGCCUCCUGAGCCUCUGCCAGGGCAGACAGUGCGCUCGGGGGUCAAGGAGUCUCUUGUCUAGCAGGCAGCAUCAAGGUGGCCCACCGAGUCUCAGCACAGUCCCCAAAGCUCCCCCAUGGUGCCUGCACACAAAGUGAGGGAGCAGGGCUUUGAAUCUGGGACUGUGUCUGGCUCCCUCCUGGGGGACAGGAUUUGGCCACACUGGGGCUGACACCCAGGCCCAAGCACCUGUUUCCCCAGACCAUGGGAAAUGGGAAUUGCACUCAGGGGCUCCAUGCUGGGCCUGAGGCCCCUGCCUCCAUGAUUUCAUCUUCAACUUGCUCUGACCUCCUCCUGGGCCCUGUUGCCCCUCCUUUUGGCCUGGGGGAGGUCAGAACAUUCAAAUCUCUGCCCCUCACUUGGGAAGGAGCUGGCCCAGGGCGGAGGGAUCAGUUUCCCCCCAUCACCAGUCUUAAGGGUCACUGACCUCUCCCCAGGAAGUGGCUCAGACCCCUCAGCUCCAGCCCAAAGACGUCUUAACCUCAGGGAGUGCAGACACCUGACCCCAGGGCACUACUAGCCCACCCUCUCUGACUCUGGGGUGCAGCUUUGCCCACCAGGCCGGCUAAGGAAUUCCCUGGAAAAGGGAAAUGUGACUGGCUCAGAAAUAGCUCCUCAAAGCCUCAAAACCUGAUUGGCCACUGGAUCCUGCUGCUUCGGGCUGAGGUGGUGACUCUGAAAACCUUUUCCCAGGCCACGUCCAGGUUUGUAGCUCCCCUGGCUGGCCCCUAGGGGAAGAGCAGAAGGAAGGAUGUCACUUGGGAAUUGUCCUUUUCUAGGAAGCACAGGUGGGUGGAACAGGCUGGGUCCUACCAGCUGGAUCACCACACAUGGCCUGAGCUCCAAACCUGAGCGGGGGGGGGGGGGGGGGGGGGGGGCGGGGACCUGCUGCUCAGUAAGAAGAUUCUCGCCCCUUCUCACUCUCCUUGCCUCACUCCUCCGUGAGCACCAUCAGGGCUCCAGGGUCCUCCUCCAGCCUCAGAGAUCUCCCUUCUCAUCUCCCACACCCAUCUCUUUCUCUCCCCUCAUUCUUCCCACCUCUCUCCUCAAAGUGAUCCUAAUAAUACUCACUUGAACUCAGGUUAGAGAUUUCAACCCUGGGACAUGCAGCAGGGAAGGCCCGACUGGCUCAGGCUGAACCUUCCAACCUCCUGUGGCUGGAAAAUCACCUCUGCUGCACUGUUGUUCUGGGCAUGGCAGAGCCAGACGUCUGCAGGCUCCUGGAGAACAGAGGUUGUGCCCGAAGGAGGAGGGGUGAAAGACCUGCUCAGGCGUCACUGGAUUUAUUCACUUGUGUGUGUCCCUGUGGCUGUGUCUACUUGUAUGCUUGUAGGCCUGUGUGUGUUCAAGUGUAUGACUGUUUGUGUGUGUGUGAACCACCGUGUACUGGUGCCUGCAUUAUGCACAUGUGUCUGGGUAUUUUUGUGUAUAUGUGUGUCAAUGUGCCCUGGAGUGUUUCAAGGUCCAUGGAGUAUGGCUGUUGUGUCGUGCUGUGCAGGCCUGUCCAUGGGCACAUUCCCGUGUCUGGGAGGGUGAACUGUGCUGUAUGUGUGUGGAUGAGUGUGAACACACGUGGUAAGGUACACUCAGGGCAUCCUGUUGGCCUAAGUUCCUCUUCUUUUUCUUCUUGUUUUUCAUGAAGAGUUUGAUUAAAAUUCAGGAAGCAGCAAAACCUUCAAGACAUGUAUGUGUGCUUUGUGUGUGCACAUCUACCUGUCAUGGCUACGGGCCAGAGUCAUCUUUAUGGUCCACUAUGCUCCCUCGCCUGCUCCCGGCACUGCCUGAACAGCCCUGUCCCUCACUCCCAGUGAGCUCCUCUCCUUCCCUCCGUUUCUCAUGGCCUGAGCCCUGCUCCCUGCCUCCUGCCUGUGUCUCCUCUAUGGAAGGAGGCCUCCACUCCUUCCAUCUCUUCCUUCAGAAGCUUUGUCUAAUGGGGGCAGCCUCCCCUGCCCAGCACCCUACCCUUCUGCCUUGCCCUCCUGGGCCCUGGAGCCUCAGAAAUGUUUGGUUGGGUAUUCUCUGUGGACUGUGCAGGCUGCAGAGGAAAAGUAGAUGAGCAAGGUCCAGCCCCUCCCUGCUUGUGGCCCCUCGCCUGCAGAAGAUGCCCUUUCCUGCCUGGUCCAGGGGGAACAGGUCCCACACCAGGCCAGCAGGUGGGCUCCUUUGUACAGUUCUUACAAUAAACCGUCCCUGGUGCCUCUGG